GGAGGAUAUAGAAAAGCUAAACUACAGUGCAAUAACGAUGGCGACCUGGUUCUGCUUCUCCAAUCCAACAAUCUCUCACCCCUUUGCAUUCGCUUCCUUGAGGGUCCCACCCUUCCCCAACUCACCGGCGCUUCGGUUCACCGCCGGUGGCCGGAAAUCUAGGGGCUCAGCGGUGGUCACACGUGCGGGCCCCAGCACCACCAGCAUAGUGUUUGCAAUCGCGCUCCCACUCUCUCUCCUCGCUGUUACCGUUUUAGCCUCCGUUCGAAUGGCCGAUAAGCUCGACCAACAAUGGCUCGAGGAGUUGGCAAAGAAUGAAGCUACCAUGGAAGUUGAUGAUAGGGAUGAUGACGAAGAUGACGAGGACGACGACAACGAUGACUAUGACAACAAGGAGGAUAUUAUAGAAGCUUUUGUGCAAGAAGAACUUUCCCUUCCACGUGCUCGCAACAGACCCAGAAGGGAAGCUUAAAUUUACAUCGCGCCACUAAAUGUAUAGUUUUUCCUUGGAUGAUCAUGCUGCCCUAGAAUGUGGAGGGAGGGGCAAGGUAGUGUCUUUCUUUUGAGCUUCUAGUUUCCCUCAGUUCAUGUUGCAUAGUUUAGCUUGUCGUCAAAUCUCAAUUGAAAAUGCAGUAAUCAUGUAAGAUGAAUCUAAAUUGUAACCUUAUAAAGGUUUAUAAUGUAAUCAUCACUUAAUUUCUACGUAUGUAGGUAAAAAUAUACUAUUUAUUGAAAUACCAACAA